CGAAUUUUCUCAGCGGAGACUGGCACGGGUGACUCGUUGAUCGACAAAUUUUUUCUCCUUACAUACUUCAAUAGCAGCAGUUUUUAUCAAGUAUUGAGAAUUUGAUAUAGAUCAGUUCACUGAAUUUGAGCAGAGGCAAAGCAAUUGUUGGGAGGAGUGAAGAUGGCGUCUAAUAGUACGGCGAAGACCACGUGCAUUAGCUGCGAAGAUUUCUUUACUUUACAUCGACCUCAGUUUCUUUCCAUCGGCUUACCCGAGCAAUUAUGGGAAAGGCUUUACAAAAAGCUAACUCCUAUUGCAAGCUGUGACACAGCAGAGGUUUUUGAGGUUCGCGAAGGAGGACAAUUUGGUUCCCCGGGUCGUUGGUCUCUUCACGCUAAACGUGCUUUGCAGAAAUUCAGCGACGUGUUUCUUAUUGAGCACGCCUGGUCGAGUGAUGGAGGCUCGACAGCAAAGAAGAAUUUGGAAAAAUCGCCAGAACUUUUGGCGAGGAUGAAGGAAAUUAUGCAACGCCCUGAAAACAGCGCUAGCGAAAUUGCCUCGAGCGACGAAUCUCUGCUAGACAGCUCCCUGGUUCUUUCACAAAUUACCGGAAUAGAAAAGAAGAAAGCUGAAGAAGCUCUUCAAGCGAGUGGCAGUGAUCUAAUCGAGGCCUUGUGUCAAAUCACGGACGAUUCUUAUGAAAGUAAAAAGCCAUCGAAAUCAGACAGGUCAAAAAUUAUGGCCUUCGAGGAAUUCAAGACGGGCUUCCUUCACUCGGUUGGAAUGGAAAAAGCAAAGCUUCUCUCUAAGGAUACGUGGAGAAAAUGUACUUAAGGUACAAACGAGAGAAGGAGCAAUACCCAGACUCUUUGUGCUUCGGAAAAGGAACAACCGCGCAGUAUAGUUGGCUCGAAGAAGACGAGGGCUCGAUGGCUGUUUUGUUUCGAUUCCAGUAACGACCAAAAAGCGAGAUGUUGUAAACAAAUUGACAACGAAACGAUGGACUUUGGGCUUGAAAGGUUUUCCGCCUAUUAUUGAUGGAGAGUUUUACGGAAAUGUUUGCCCCGAUGAAUCGUUUUGGACGUUUGAUUGUCCCGGUUUGUUGGUUAUGACUUUGCAGAAACCGGAGAAUGAAGAAGCUGAGUUAUGGCCAGUAAGUUUUAAAUUUAUCUUACAAUUUUUAGCGCCAAGCGCCUAGCAAAGCGUGACACGGCUUAUUCAUUUCAAGAGGUGCAUAUUUUUCGCAUUUUUCUAUCGCGGCGUCAAAUCGCGAUCUCAACUGUUUGCUACAAGGUAUUUAUGAACUAAUUAUAUUUAACUUCUGAACAGCGACAAGUUUGAUGAAGCUCACUUUAGUUAUUGAAGCCAAUAUUAUCCUAAACAGAAAAUUUGAUGUUUUUUCUUGAGUGGCUUUGCCAUCAACUUUCAAGUGGUUAAAAACUGAUUCCUUAAUCAUUUCUGAUAUUCGUAUGUCCAUCUCGUUACAUUGUGUACAAAUUUACAGGCCUCAAGCAUGUUGCUAUACGUGAUGUCGUUUUGUAUUUCUGCAAUCAGUUCUUUUGUCUUCGUUUUGUUUUCUCAGAUAAGAAUUUUGAAAUACCAGAGAAUUUUUUCUCACUAAGAAAUUUUUGCCAUCUUGCAUAGUUAGUAUUUCGUUUCGUUUUUCUUUGAUCGCAAAACAAACACUUUAAAACACAGCUAAAUAAAUAUUCACUUCUCAAGGGAGUAGGUCUUGGUGUUACAAAACCACACCUGAUUGCCAUGUGAGAAAUAAAUGUUGCAUAUAGGGGUAUAAUAGCCUUUGAUAACACACAGUAACACCCUACUGAAAAUAUCCGUGAAAACGUUAUGGGGAAAUAAAUCACAUAUUUGACUUCCCAUGGUGACUGAUGAAUCACGCUGAAGGAUUCAUCUCGACAUGUUGUCUUACAGUAUCUCCUCAUGUUUAGGUCUCAGUUGAAAGCCUCAAUGGCAAAUGAAUAAAUUUUCUUUGUAACAAAAGCUGGAAUGCGUGAAUUGCAGGGAGACAAUCCGUGUGUUGAAAUGACAUAUGGAUGACAAUCAUCAGCUUGCAUUUUUCGCAUUCAGGGUAAAAUGAAUAGGUUUUUUGCAUUGUUGUAAGUCAUUUUAUUGAUAGGUAGCAGCAGAGUUUCACAAAAAGCUGACAAAUUAGAUUUCUAUAACACGCUUUGCACUCCUGUUGUCUUUGUCAAAAGGGUCUUGCAUUAAUGUUAAAUCCGUAAGUGCAACCACUUAAGUCAAAGCUGCUUAGCUGUACUUUAUUGCUCAUGUGCUUUUAAAAUUGACCUCUGGAGGAAACUGUAGAUUUCUAUCUUUUGAGAGAGAUAUAGCUUGGCUUUUUAUAUUCAGCAAAUACAUGUACCUCCAAAGUCAAGUUUUCUUUUAUUAAAGAUGUUUGAAAAUGAUGAUGUUGAAUGGAUUCUGAUAUAUAUCCCUCCAAAAAUUUUUUUAAAGAGAGCAUUGAUAAUAUUAUUGUUAUUCUUAUUUCUUAAAGGUGUACAUGUACAACAUUGAUUAGAUGCUGGUAAAAUAAUAUUCUCUGUUUCAUUAAAAGCAAUUUUUUAAGGGAUUCAUUUUUGCUAAAUUCCAAAAGGUGACCUUGGGUCAAGACUCUGAUAUGUAGUUGAUUUUUUAGGUGCUUAUGGGAGAAUAUUUUCCCCUGAUUUAAGACUAGCUUUGUAAGUUCUAGUUGGAUAUUUCAAAUCUGUUAUGACUGCAAAUUGUACUCUAUGAAUAAAUGGCACCUAAUUUUGGCAAAGUUUGUGUUUGCCAAAAGAAAAACAAACUUCCUUGCUCACGGAGGGAGACAUUGCAGCCUUAUUAGUGAGAAUGCAUGGCGACUAAAACACCAAAGAAAAAAGGGAAGGGAAUUCGAAGUCACUGUGAUAGUGGAUGAAACAAAAUGGUACAGACUUCAGUGAAUUUGUUUUUGUACUGACUAAUAAAUAUUGUUUACUUGCAAAGUGUCAAUUAAAAAUGAUAUAUUUUUUUAUUAUGUAAUAAUUGCUCUUCUUGCUUAUCAGGUUUUAAUUAAAGGCGAGAAACACCUGACAGAAAAGGAAAUUUCAGAUCAGGCUAGAGACGAGGGUCAGAAAGCAGACUGUGAUAGGCAUGACGUGUUGGAGAAUAUGUGGUACUACAACCAGACCUAUUCAGCAGUCGGUCCAGAUGGAGUCAAGCAAGCACCUGUUUGGUAUGUGAUGGAUGAAUGCGGAUCAGCUAUUGUUCACUCCAGUCAUCCUAAUGUCAAGUGCUCACCAUUUGCUUUUGCUGUGACUGGGGUGUUCUAUUCUCUCCUUUGGCCUCUAGAAGAUAUAAAUGUUGGCGAUGUUUGCACUAGAAAUUUUUGUCCUCAUUUGAGUAUGGCAGAACCACAGUUACAAAGAGAUGCCCGUCUUUUAGCUUUUAGUUCGUCAUUACCUGAUGUUAGUCCAAGUCAUUUUGCGGUUGAUCUGGCAAAAUUUCCUUCCUUACCAAGAGAGAACAAUAUGGUGGUAGAUGUCAAGUCGUUAUCAACACAGCCUGAAAGUGUCAACUGUUCCCUUUUGAAAGCUAAAAAAUUAAACUUAAAGUUCUUUUUGGAAAAGAAUGGCCGGGAGAAGAAGCCAGUUUUGAGAGAUUUGGGUUGUACUCUUGUAGAGUCUUUAACAGAAGCUGAAGCUCUGUGGUUAGAAAAAUGGAAUGUUUUGGGGCAAAGAAUCCAAAAUAAUGCAAGAAUCAACCGACUUGGAGGGGAGGAAAACCUUUUGCAUCGCCAUCUGUUAGCUGCUCAUGUGCAGGAGACUUGGGGAAAUGUACCCUGGUUCCCCAUGUCAUAUGACAUGUCUGUCCAUUUAUCAGCUUUGUGUGCUGACCAUUACUGCAGAGCAAUCUCCAGCUACUGGAUUUUACGAGCAGCAGAUCCAAGUUCCUUCAGUUUACGACCAAUUGUCACCAGUGAUCUGCGCAGGGUUUUGAGGUGCACAGAGAUGGGCCAUUUGGUGGCUUCGUACUGUAAGUAGUAACAACACUAGGAUAACACUGUUGAGUCUGAGCAAGGUCUUAAGUUUAUCCCCCUACUUACAUACAGUGCAUAUGAUUAGUGAAAGAUACUGCUGGCCCGCAUUGUUUCAUUUUUAACCUCCCCUUAAUUACAUUUAGGCAUUUACCCUUUAGUCUUGUGCAUGCAUUUAGAUUUAGUAAAACUUUUUAAGGGAAAAGGACAACAUUUUUCUAUUAUUUUUGAUCUGGGAGUUCUGCCACCAUAAUCAGUGUAAAAUGUUGCCAUUAGAAGCAAAAGUUUAGCUAACGUUAUAUGUUCAACUAUAUCUUAGAUUGUGCUCGAACAGCAAUCAGCAAGAAGAGACGAUUCUGUCUACAGUAUGCAGUAACAGUGAAAUCGCUGGUGCCAUUAGAGGUCCUUGUGCAAAAUACUCCACACGUCAAGCUGGCAGAGAGGGAGAUAAACCAGAAUCAAUUCUUAGAUGAAUAUGAUUCUUCAGCUCUUCUUUCAUCCACGUCAGAUGUAAAGCAUAAUGGGGUGGUCAACCACAAGAUGACACACAGCGAAUUUUUAGGAGACUUCAGUGCAAAUUACUUGGUCAAGGGGAAAAUGUCAUGGGACGAUGUUCAGGCAAAGAUUUACAAGAGCAUUGGUAAGUUGUUUUAUGCUGUGGCACCAAGUCUGUGCUCUUUACAAGAUGGCAGCCGCACGGCAAGAGAUCUUUGUGCUGUGUAUGGUGUUGAUGUUCUCAUAAAAGACAAUUUGGAACCGCUUAUCAUCGGAGUGGAUCCCACACCAACUUUUGACAGUCCAAAGUGCUUUUCUGAUGUCCUUGUCACAGCAUUUGGACAGAACGGCGAGUGCUUGGACAGUGUAAACAUCACCCAAGUGUUUGUGAGGUAAAAUAAUCAAAGGGGACCUUUUGUUGUACAGGAAUGAAAGAGUACCGGGUAUUUAAUCAUCUUGAUUGAGUGUGUUAAUGUAACAAUACAAAAGUUGUGUAUAUGUAAAUAAUCACCCCAUUUACGUAAUCAAUGCCAUUCCCUGUAUGCAAAAUUGCUCUUUUUUAGUUUCUUCCCAUGAAUUACAGCAUAUUCGUUGUCACUGGGGAGCUUCACCCUUAUAAUCCCCAAUAUCCACACUCAGACUCUCCAGACUGGUGUGGAUGUUGCAGUUAAUUUUUUAUCUUUGGUAAUUUUUGUUUUUCUUUUGUUUGUGGUUAUGGUAAUGUAUGCCAAUGAAGUUGAAACAAAGGAAAAAUACAAAUUACCUGAGAUAAAAAAUGAACUACAAUAUUUACAUUUCUUGCAUCUUAUUAGUUUCCAUAACCAUUUUUUUUACUUUGUAUUGGUGUUGUUAUGAAAAAUUUUAUUUUGGUCACUCUUGAGACUUAAAUGGUUGAGCAACCAUGACAACAACGGCAACAACGUCACAAAAAUAAUUGGCUUAUGAGAAAAACAGCAGCUCUACACAAGCAUCACACUUUUUAAUACAUUUCUUUGGCGUUCACUACAAAAUGAGGUAAAACCUCAUAUUGUGGCAUUUUCUGGAGGACUAGAACAUAUGACAACAAAUUUUCCUUUCUCUUUUACAGUCGAGGCAGGUCAAGCGUACCCCCUAAGAUUCUAUCAAUGAAUUGAUUAUUUGAAAAAUGAAUCCGU